AGACAGUUCCAGGUAACCGAAAAUUUAACAGUAAUGGACCUAAUUACGAUUAUGUAUUCGAAGUGAAAAUGUUUAGGUCGCAUUGUCAUGUGAUGUAUGAAUUUAUCACAAAACAGCUGACGAAACACAAUCAUGUUCCUUAUAAGUCCAAGACAGAUGCGAAAAAGACAAUCAACAUGAUGAAAGAUCGAACAGCUUUCUCAACAGACGCGGCACAUCAAAUCGUGGUUACAGUGUCAACUGGUUUGUCGUACGUGGUAUUAGCUCAAUUUCCAGCUGAUAAUGUAAUGAAACAGAUCUUUCGACGUGUACAGCAUGAUAGUCAAGCUUCCUUUCCAAAUCCAGGUUCUUUGAAUGUACUAAAUUUACCCUCUGAAUAAUGUAAGGAGAGAGAUUUUCUUACUUCAUGAUGCCGUUGUUGGUGGAGGAAUAGGUGGUGCAAGUUCGGCUUAUUUUUUACGAAAAAUGUUUGGCAAUAAAGUUUCUAUUACCCUUUUUGAAAAAUCCGGACGAAUCGGUGGUCGUAUCAAAGCGGUACCUUUUUGUGGAGAAACUUGCGAAUCUGGAGCUAGCGCUAUUCAUUCUAGUAAUUAUUACAUGACUUCGUUUGCAAAUCAAUUCAAAAUACCUUUGGUUCCUUUAAAAAGUGUUGAUCAUCGCUUACUUCUUUUUGAAGAAGGUUAUAAACCAGUAUUUUCAAAUAUUACUGAUCAGACAGCAUUUCUAACUCCGAUUCACUUAUUUUGGCGUUACGGCCUCAACUUGCUUCGUGCAAAGUUUUAUCUAAUGGCUAGAAUUCGAGAAUUCACUCAGUUACGAUACGCUUCACAUAUAUACCUAAUUAAAUGUUGACUCGUUAUGAUUAAUGCAAUCCACCUUUCAAUGUGUGCCUUAAAAUUUGAGUUAUGUUUAUUGAAUAAGGUUGAAAAUACUACUGGUUUACCCAUAUCAAAGUACCUGGAGUAUAGUGGAAAACUGUGGUUUAAUGGUUUAUUAUUGAAUGUUCAACAUUGGGCUAUAAGAACACUUGUUCUAUAGACAGUUAAUAUGUCAAGUAUACUGCAUUUUGUUUAUUCGCAUUAUGUACUGAUACACUGAAGUCACAGCCACACCCAUUAUGACUUAUGAAUACAACUUGGUAUGGAGAUUAACAAGAUUGAGAACAUGUCGGAACCCUUUUUGCUACUGGUUGAAUGAAUGUGUAUAUGAAUUAUGUAUAUGAACCUAUCUAUGUAAUGUGCAGUAAGUUUGAGUAGGUGCGUAUUUCGCUUACAAUAAAUAACCCAUACCUUCAUUCCUCACUUGUCCUGGCCUCGUAGUGGCAUGUGACCUGGAUUCGUCUAAUUCAUCAGUAUUACAUCAUAUUAUAGAUUCUUUUAAAAUGUUAUUUGAUGUUUUUCUAAGUGAACCUCAGUCGAUCGCUUUACCGCACUUGCUGUCUUUUUCUGUGUUCCUCUAAAUCCUGGGCUUUUACCAUUCCAUGCUUUCCAUUCUUUAAUCUUAGUCAUUUUUUCUAAAUGACAUUUCUUAUAAUUGGCUUUCACUACGGUGGAUAUUAUUUUUAUUAUUGUUUUCCUGUUUAUAAUUUUCAUUUUUCUUAUUUUGUCUGGGUGUUAAAGUAGGAUAUGACCAACCUACACUGAUAAAUAUUCGUGCCAGAACAUACAUUGUCUAUGAUUAACUGACAUCUUCCUCCUUAUUUUAAAGACCUUAUUAUUCCGCUUUUGCUCAAUUAUUUAUUUCAUCAUUUGUAUUUUUCCUGUAUAUUUUAUAGCUUUCAAAAUUUCAGUCAGUUUUUUUGCAUGUUUCUGUGACAACCAUAUUCCGAAGGUUUAGUUUUCUUAUUAUUGCUCCUACAUUAUUUCAACCUCUUGUGAUUUUCAUCUAGUCGUGCUAAUCCGGAAUGGGAACUUGAUUCGACAGAUAUCUAUUUCAGGCUCUCUGUUGAUGAUGUCUGUCUCUGUAAUAAUCUAUAUGUUAAUCAGAUAACAUGAUAUGAUGUUUUCUAAGCUGGAAGACCUAGCAAUGACAGCAGAGAAUGGAUCUCUAUCGAAUUCCUAGACAAGAUUCAAGAAAGGAGUAACAAGAAAACCUCAAUUAACAACAGUCGAACAAGAGCAGAAAAAGCAGAUGCACAGACCGAAUGCACAGAAGCAAACAAGCGAGUGAAGAGAAGCACUAGAACCGACGAAUGGGAAUACGUGAAAGACCUAGCAAUGACAUUGGAGAAAGCUGCAAGAGAAGACAAUCUGAGACGACUAUAUGAUACGACGAAGAAAUUAACAGGGAACUAUAGUAGACCAUAGAAACUAGUCAAGAACACAGAAGGCAAGAGAAUCACUAAGAUUGAAGAACAGUGGGACUGGUGGGUAGAGGACUUUGGAGGACUGGAUUGUUGAAUAGACUAACCCCACUGAAUCCACUACAUAUCGAAGCAGCACCUACUAACCUUCCUAUGGGUUUCAUAUCAUCAACAGUGGAAGGAAUGAAGAUGGCCAUCAGACAAAUGAAGAAUGGGAAAGCAUCAGGACCAGACAACAAACCGGCUGACACACUGAAAUCAGACAUGGAGGUAACUGCAAAGGUGCUCCACAUGUUAUUCAGAAGAAUUUGGGAGAAGAAACAAGUGCCACUAACGGACUGGAAAGAAGGAUACUUUAUGAAGGUACAAAAAAAGCAGAUUUGAGCAAGUGUGAGAACUCAGCUACAGAGGCAUCACAUUACUAUGAGUACCAGGGAAAGUUUUCAACAGAGUGUUGUUGAACCUGAUUGAAGAUUAUUCACUCGACUCUCAACUUCGAUAUCUACAGACGAAACCGCAACACUACAGAUCAUUUUUGAGCAAUGAAGUGAAUGGAAUUCGUCACUAUACAUGAACAUCAUUGACUAUGAGAAAUCGUUUGGUAGUGUGGAUAAAAGAACCUUAUGGAGCCUUCUUCGGAACUGUGGUGUAUCUGAGAAGAUUGUCAACAUCAUACGAAAGUACAGUUAUUUGUAGAAGAUACUGAAUUUCGGUUGGCCGGACACCACUAGUAACAGCCUACUAUGGGAGAGAACAAACGAGGUUUUAGAUGAAUAGGAAAUUAGAGAGAGACACUUGAGGUAGGUGUGAAGAAUAUUGUGGAAAUCAUCAAACUGCAUUAUGAGGCAAGUGCUUAUUUGGAAUUUUGAAAAGAAGAGGAGAAGAGGAAUAUCAAGGAGCAGAUUUCGUUGUGAACUGGAAGCAGACAUCAUAGGGAGGAAUAUCAGAUGGGAAGGACUAUCCCUCACAGUGUUUGUUGGAGAAUCCUAGUGGGCAGCCUAUGUUCCUCUACGAGGGGUAACAGGCGUUGGUUGGUAUGUAAUAUUUUGUUGGAAUGGUCAAUAAACAUUCGUUUGUAUUGGUCAUAUACAGGGGGAUCGAUCUGAUAUUUGUUCAAACGUUAUGUGCUCAAUUUAUACUUUGCAAGAAUGUGGUGAAUGUUUCACUUCACCCGGUUUACUAUUAAAAAAAUUAUCUAAACAUUUCCCUGAAAUGACAAAGUGUACUUUUGCUGAAUGGAUGCGUAAAGAAAUUGGAUUAGACGAGAAAUAUAUAAAUGAAUUAGGGUUUGGAAUAUUUUCGAGUAAUUAUUGUCAGAAUUCAGUAGAUGCUCAUGCAUUUGUCGGAGUGAUUUCUUCAGCUUGUACAGUAUCUGAUGUAUAUACUAUUGAAAAUGGAGCUGAACAAAUCCCGCAAAAGUUAGUUGAAGUUGCAUUGGCCGGCAAUCCUUCUGGUGCUCCAAAAGAGUUUAUACACGCUACGGUGAAGAAGAUUACACGAACCGAUAAUGAUAGAUUACGCUUAUCCUAUGAUCUAGCCGAUAAUAAUAAAACUGGAGAGGGACUUUUCGAUUACGUCAUAUUGUCAUUACCACUACAUCAAGAGUCCAAUAUUUCCACUUCAGAUGAUAUUAAACUGCCCAGCUUACGUUAUCAUGAGAUGUGUCGUACAUUUUUAUCCGGUCAAAUCAAUUAUUCAUUAUUUGAUCUACCGUUAAAACAUCUGAAACGCACUCAGUGGGCAACUUUUCUCCCAACCUCAAGUUACUACUCAAAUGAAAAGCAUCCUGUAUGUUCUAUAACGCGCUUACCAGUUAAAUCACAAGACUCAGAUUUGAAAGAUGGUGUUUGGAGUAUAUUUUCUGAAUCAAAAUACAUACUAGACCCAAAGACUGCUUUAUCGAAAUUGAUUUUAAAAGAUCCAGAUGACGAUCACAAUCAAAUUGAUGUUGUACGUUGGCUGGCAUAUCCAACCUAUCAUCCUGUUUUUCAGAAUGAUCAACAGUUAAAAGUCAAUAAAUUCUACACUAAUUGUAUUAUUUUCAUAUGCUAUUUUGUAAUCAUCGUAGAAUGAUCCAGAUACUGAUUUGGGCCAGUUCAAAUUAGCACCAAGAGUUUACUAUCCAAAUGCAAUUGAAUUAACUGCUUCAUGUAUGGAAAUGGCUAUAAUCGGUGGACGUAAUGUGGCGUUAUUAAUUGCAAAUGAAAUGAAACAUUUAAAACAGGAUCAAAAUUCAAUGUUUACAACGUUAACAAAUUUCAUAAAAGGAGAAGCAAACUGAAAUUCACAAUGUUCACAGUUUACUUUGUGAUUUCGUUUUUUUCUAUUUAGUGUUCAUUUGUUAUGACUAUCUUGCUUUAUGUUUCCUUUUUCUAAAAUAUGAUAAAAAGUUCAUUUACCCUGUAUUUUUGCUAAGAGUAUUCGGUUUCGUAUUAAACUCAUUCGAUGAGUUGAGUAGCAUUGAAUUAAUUUCGAGAUAUUUUCUAAUGAGUAUGUAUUCUUUGCUUGUGAUGUCAUUUAUGAAGUAUCGUGGUGUAUACUACUGGUGUUGACAUAUAUAAGUAGUAUGUAUCACCAGUCGAAAGUGGAAUGCCUAGUGACAGGAGGUUGAGAAGAUCGAAGAGAAGAGAACGAGAACAGAGAGUGAUUGCUAUGGAAACGAAGGAACGAUAAUGUCUGGGACAAUUGAUGGAUAUUUUGCAAAUGAAGUAUUUACUGUAUGGUUCUCAGAUUCUACUAAGAGAUUCUGUAAUUUUGUAGUCGAAUACACUUGUGUUCUCGUUCACUACAGCAUAAUAUAUGGAUAAAAUAGUCUUUUAUCGUGAAAUUAAUUAUAUCGGUUUUCUUGAUACAUUAUUACAUGAGAUCAUUGUCAAGCUUUGAUCGAACUUAUUUUCACUAAACUUAUAAAACGUGUAGGCAAAUGAUUGUGAUUAGGUUUGCUUGUUAAGAUUAUCAGUAGUUUAAUUCUGUUGAGUGUAUGCGAUUUAGCUUAUAAAUAGCCUUCACUUAUGUUGUAUAACUAAUAGUUUGUAUAUUGUUUAUUGUAAAGUGAUUGAUUGGUAGUUGAGUUGUCGUUUUUUGGAAUACAGAACAUCAGUUCUAUGUAUCUUCAUAUCACUGGAUUGCGUGUAAUAUCAUAAUAUGAUUUCAUGAAGAAAAUUACUUGACUCCAUGUGAUUUGCUUUCUGAUUGUCGGAGGAGAUAAGUAUUCUGUCUGUCAUUAACUUAUUUCGCUUAUAUUCUUGUACAACCAGUGACCGUGGGAUGACGAUCGAGAUAAAUACUUACACACCUAUCAAUCCACGAUAAAUUUUCCCUUUCUACCUUGAUAGCCAGACGGAACGCGAACAAAUUAGGCAGAUAACGAUUCUGGUGUACCAUAUUCAUUCGUGACUCGAAACGCGUACAAGCACCUGAUAAGCAGGCAACAUAAACAAGAAACUUGACUGUUGUCGAAAUAAGUGCAACGCAUUUGACCCAAACUGGACACUAAAGAUUAGAUUCGGGAGAGAUGCUGUCACUCACUGAUCAUAAAGAAGAAAAUGCUACGCAUACACAACGAUUUGCACUGAUCCUACCUAAAGAAGCACGGAAAGCACUUACAGGAUAGGAAUCUCAUGCAUCCAGUAUCAUCAAGGCAUCCUUCAGUGCUAUGCAAUUACUGAUGAUAGAAAUGAAGACAAUAAGGAUAAGUUCUUUGAGAUUCUGCAAUUGAUCAUAGAGAAGCCUCCAGGAAAGGACCUGGCCAUUCUGAUGGAAAAUCUAAACGCCAAAGUCGGAAUGGACAGCACUGGGUGAGAAGAUAUCAUGCGAACACAUGGACUGGUUAUGUGAAGGGAACGAGAAUGGUGAGAGCUUUCCAAAUGUAUAUGCCUUCAACGAAAUGGUUGUGGGUAGCAAUAUAUUCUCAAACAAACGCAGACAAAUCUACAUGGGUCUCACCGGAUCACACUAUAGAGAACCAGAUCGAUCAUAUUUGAAUGACCAAAAAAUUCAAAAGGUCAGUAGAAGAUGUGAGAACAAAGAAAGGAGCUGAUACAACUUCAGAUCACCACCUGAUGAUUGCCAAGACGAAACUGAAGCUAAAGAAGCACUAGACAAACAGCGUUUCAAAACUUCAAUGCAACGUUCCUUCGAGAUAAUGAAAAACUUAACCAAUUCAAGAUAGCUCUCAGCAACAAAGUUUCAAGCCUUAAAUGCUCUUCGAUAAUGCAAUGAGAAGGGACUAAUUGUUUUAAAUUUCUGAAAAGAAGACUUACAUUCUCUAUUUAAAGAGAAAAUUUCUAUGGAGAACAAUUGGAGAUGAAUCAAAUAGGCUCCAGUUUCAAUGUGCAUUAGGUGCUGGACUGCGAGAAACAUCGUCAGAAAUGGAUCUUUAUCGAAUUCCUAGACAAGAUUCAAGAAAGGAGUAACAAGAAAACCUCAAUUAACAACAGUCGAACAAGAGCAGAAAAAGCAGAUGCACAGACCGAAUACACAGAAGCAAACAAGCGAGUGAAGAGAAGCACUAGAACCGACGAAUGGGAAUACGUGAAAGACCUAGCAAUGACAUUGGAGAAAGCUGCAAGAGAAGACAAUCUGAGACGACUAUAUGAUACGACGAAGAAAUUAACAGGGAACUAUAGUAGACCAUAGAAACUAGUCAAGAACACAGAAGGCAAGAGAAUCACUAAGAUUGAAGAACAGUGGGACUGGUGGGUAGAGGACUUUGGAGGACUGGAUUGUUGAAUAGACUAACCCCACUGAAUCCACUACAUAUCGAAGCAGCACCUACUAACCUUCCUAUGGGUUUCAUAUCAUCGACAGUGGAAGGAAUGAGGAACUCACUUUCCGUUAAGUUUUAGAUUUUUCUGCUCAAUAUAACAUUACUUCGAUUAGUAGUUUGGAGGUUAUGUGACAUGACUCAUAAUCGGUCUUAGUGCGGC